UAUCAUUAUGAAAGUUCUUGUAGCUCUUGGAGUCUUAUUGACUGCAGUUAGUGCGCUUCCUAUUGCGGAGCGUGUCGAUGGCGAGAAUGGCUGGUUUGUACCCCAGGAUGAUGGCAGUUUUGAGUGGAUGGACAAAAAGGAAGCAGAAGAGCUGUUGGACCAUAGUUCUCCCAUUGAGGGUCGUUCCAAUGAGGUCUCCUUCUAUCUAUACACCAGACUCAACCCAAUGGAAGGCGACGAAAUCAGACCCCAUGCAUCCUCCAUUCAAGAUUCGCAUUUCGACAAGAACCAUGGCACUCGUUUCGUUAUUCAUGGAUGGAAGGGACAGUAUACCGAUAGCAUGAAUGUGGACAUCACCAAGGCCUGGCUUUCAAGGGGAGACUUUAACGUGAUCGUUGUCAACUGGGCUCGUUCGCAAUCCGUGGACUAUGCCAUGUCGGUGCGAGCUGUUCCUGGAGCUGGAACCAAAGUGGGAGAGAUGAUCGAGUACCUCCACGACCAUCACGAUAUGUCUCUGGAUACUUUGAUUGUGAUUGGACACAGUUUGGGUGCCCAUGUGGCUGGCUAUGCAGGAAAGACAGUGGGGAAUAGGAGAAUUCACACAAUUGUGGGUCUGGAUCCUGCCCUGCCCCUUUUCAGCUUCGAUAAGCCGGACAAGCGUCUCUCCAGCGAUGAUGCCUUCUAUGUGGAGUCCAUCCAAACCAAUGGAGGAGUGAAGGGCUUCGUGAAGCCCAUCGGAAAGAGCACUUUCUACGUGAGUGGGGGAAGGAAGCAGCCCGGCUGCGGUGUAGAUAUCCAAGGAACCUGCUCCCACGCACGUUCCGUGCUCUACUACGCCGAGGCCAUCACGGCGGAUAGCUUUGGUUCCUACAAGUGCCAGGACUACCUGGCUGCCCUGGCCAACGAGUGUGGCAGCACCUACAGCAGCGUUCCCAUGGCCGCGGAUUCGAAUGCCAACAUGGCGGAGGGCUACUUCUACGUGCCCGUAAACAGCGAGGCUCCGUUCGGCAAAUUCUGAAUAGACACCGUUGCAAAAUAAAUAUCAGCUAAAAGAAUUCCCGAAAAAAA